CUCUAUAGCUCAAUAAGCCACUGUUCGGCCAGCUAAUACAUUCUGAGGUUGAUGGUGGACAAAUUAACAUUGCUAAUAAGUUAGUAUAGAAACAAUGGAUCAGGCCAGAAGAGAUGCAGCAUCUAUAUAUCCGGUUGUCUUCGUUUUAGUACUUGCACUUGUCCCGAUUUGUACUUACAUAUAUCUUGAGUUUGGAAGCAAUAUAAAUGAUGAGCCCGCUCCAUCAUAUUGCGAAAGUGCAUUAUGCUACGAAACAUUCAGGCACUUGACCGACACCAUUGAUCCUAAAAAUGAGCCUUGCAACGAUUGGUACUCAUAUAUUUGUGGGAAGUUGCAAAGGACAGUCACCCACAAGAGUAAUCUUAUCAUGAAUCUGGAAACUUCAAUUGAGGAGAAGCUAAAAGAAUUGGUGACAACUAAAGAGUUUCAAGGAAAAAAUCGAGAUCAAGUUGAUAACUUAUGGUACAUGAGGAAAUUUUACCAGUCCUGUGUAGAAUCGGAUGUUGCUUCGUUAACCCCACCAAAAAACAAAUACAUGUGGAUGAGACACGAAAAGAAGUUUCGCAGUGAUAUAAUCCAGAUUACCCAGGGUUGGCCCGUCUAUAAGAUCACCGAAGAACUGAGUGUCUGGAAGCAGUUGAUGAAGUACAUGGUGGACGCCAAAUCAAAAGGAUACUAUUAUGAACUCUUCUUGGAAGUGCGUGCACAGACAGACAAUCAAACUGGGGAGGCUUCGGUCACAAUCUCCUAUCCAUCUUGGGACAUGUUUCGGAAACACGACUCAUUCUGGUCGAAUCAUCACAAUGUCCAUAGGAUACUUUCCAGUUUCGAUGAAAAUCCUACAUUUGAAGCGUACCUAGUAUCGGACUUCAGGAGGGAUCUAUCCAAAAUUAUCGAGAGACAAAUGUAUCGAGUCGCUCAGAUGAAAAAUCGUGGUCGGAAAACCUCGAUCCAUCACAUGGUGCGAGGAAAUCGAUUUAUCCCAUUGUCAGAUUGGAUGCUUUUAUUAAUACAAAUUACAAAUUAUACAAAGCUGAGUCCUGAAACUACAAUUGAGUAUAAUUUAUAUAAAAACGGCUUCUUCGAAGACUUGGGCGAAUUAUGGAGGAAAUAUGGCUCAAGAAUCUGGGGGGCAUAUAUUGCAAUCGAACUAUAUCUGCGUGACUGUGACCUCAUGCACAUGAGUAAUCGCAUCUUCUGCAACAUACACGAUGAAUACCGAAAAACGUGCGACGAUGACUGCAAAAAUCGCUGCUACAAACAAGCCAGAGAAUACUUUCCAGGGAUUGCCGAAGCGCAGUAUGUUCGAGAAUUAGUACCAGAAGCAACAAGGACUGGCGUCAAAAAGAUAAUCAAACAUAUAGCAAAUCAAAUCCGGAUUUUCUAUUCUCCGUCCGUGAGGAGGGUAAAUAAAAACAACGGGGAAAAUAUGUCAUGUGAAGGUGAUAAAAUAUGUGAAUUAAUGCAAGAGAUGUCACCGGUUAUUGGCGGCCCGGAUAUCGCAUUUGACAUCGAGAAAUUUGAGGAAACAUUUGGAGUUGUAGAGGGCUACAUUGAGACAGAUGAUUUUUACAAUUUCCGUCAUCUUAUGGCCAGAUCUUUGAGUAAUUAUAAUUUCAAAAAACUCGCUCGCUUACCGAACUUAAAUCGCGAGUAUGACUUGUUUCUGCUCAAAAUCCGCCUUGCUGCGGAUUACAUUUUUGAUGUGCAAAAAAACACCAAGGAUUAUUUUUACAUAUCGCCAGCCUUAUUGCAAAUGCCUCUUUACUCUCCGCGACGAGAAGCAUACUUGAACUAUGGCGCCCUGGGAACCAUUAUCAGUACUGCCCUUUUGAAUGUACUUGGAAAAAAAAAGAUAAUUUUUUCAGACAGCUAUGCUGGUUCAGAAGAAACUAAGCGUAUUUCGACUAAUUUAGGAUUUGUUACAUCCUGCCCUUCAAAAUCUGCUAUUUUAGCUGUAUUGCAAAAUUAUCUCGAACGUGAUGUUAACAUAACUUGGGAAGAAGUUGCGGCUGACAGGGACGCAAGCAAUAUCGCCUACAAAGCGUACGAAAACAGCGGAGAGCCACGGUUUCAAGAUGCAAAACUUCUGCCAGGCUUUCUAUAUCGAAGCACCCGUCAAAUAUUUUGGAUGAUGAGUAGCUUCUACCUAUGCCAGCACAUGGAAUAUGAAAACAUCGAUUUGACCCUAAAACAACUGAAUAAACCGCUGCCCUUCAACUAUUAUGUGAUACCGAGACUACGCAUAAACAUGCACAAAGAAGGUAGUGCUCAAUUUCUACUGGAUUUCUCAUGUUCCAUAAAUAAAACCAUACACAAACCACAAUGUAUUCCCCAGUAAGUUUUGGAAGAAUCCAAUUUAAUUUAUUGGCUUUUUAAGCAGGUCCGUUGUCUUCUAGCAAACAAAAUUUAUUGUUUGAUUUUUAAUAUUUGCUUGUAGUUGUCGUAAUUAUUUCUUGUCUCUGGUAAACAUAUCAGUGGAAUUAUUGUUAUAUUAUAGUGCAGUGUUUGUUUAAGAACAUUUUUGAAUAAAUCAACUGAACGAAUCUAGUUUGCAUUUUGUUGUGUUUUGGUUCAAAUAAAUGGGAAAUACAGUCCAUGAACCAGUUGAGUCGAUUUCUUCAAAAAAAUUGGUUCAAUUCACUACUAACUUGUUAUUGUAGUCUGUUAAAAUUUUCAUACCUAAUAAAGUUAGAAAUAUUA